CCGCGCAGCUAAACCGCAUCGAACUAUCCUCUUCGUCUCCCUCCGCCGCUAUAAGGGCCUAAGCAGGAGCGGCUGGGACGGCGUCACUGAGAGGGCUGGGGGCGGAAGUGGAGGCGGAGGGAGACAGUGCCGACCGCAGGCCCUUGGCUUGUCGCGCCGAGGCUCUGGUGGGCGCGAGGCAGGGGAGGGGGAGGAGGAGGAGCCCGCGGCCCGGGCGGCGGCAGCGGCGGCGCCCGAGUUCCCCGUAGGGCCCCGCCUCGGAGCGGGCGGCGGUGGAGGAGAGGAGGAGACUGAGGAGCAGGAUGGCGGCCUCGGCCCUGUACGCCUGCACCAAGUGUACACAGCGCUACCCCUUCGAGGAGCUCUCCCAGGGCCAGCAGCUCUGCAAGGAAUGUCGGAUUGCGCAUCCUAUUGUAAAAUGUACUUACUGCAGAUCAGAAUUUCAACAAGAGAGCAAAACUAAUACAAUUUGUAAGAAGUGUGCUCAAAAUGUGAAACAAUUUGGCACGCCUAAGCCUUGUCAGUACUGUAACAUAAUUGCAGCAUUUAUUGGUACAAAGUGUCAGCGUUGUACAAAUUCAGAAAAAAAAUACGGACCACCUCAGACCUGUGAACAGUGCAAACAACAGUGUGCUUUUGAUCGAAAGGAAGAAGGAAGAAGAAAGGUUGAUGGAAAGUUAUUAUGCUGGCUCUGUACUUUAUCAUACAAGAGAGUUUUACAGAAGACAAAAGAACAGAGAAAGAGCCUGGGAUCUUCACAUUCAAACUCAUCUUCUUCAUCUCUUACUGAGAAAGACCAGCAUCAUUCAAAACAUCAUCACCACCAUCAUCACCAUCACCAUCGUCACAGCAGUAGCCAUCACAAAAUCAGCAAUCUGAGUCCAGAACAAGAGCAGGGACUGUGGAAACAGAGCCAUAAAUCCUCUGCAGCAAUUCAGAAUGAAACUCCAAAGAAAAAGCCCAAAUUGGAAUCUAAGCCAUCUAACGGAGAUAGUAGCUCUAUAAAUCAGUCAGCAGAUAGUGGGGGAACAGACAAUUUUGUCCUUAUAAGUCAACUGAAAGAAGAAGUGAUGUCACUUAAACGUCUCUUACAGCAGAGAGACCAGACCAUUUUAGAAAAAGAUAAAAAGCUAACUGAACUAAAGGCGGACUUUCAGUACCAAGAGUCAAAUUUGAGAACAAAGAUGAACAGUAUGGAAAAAGCUCACAAAGAAACUGUGGAACAACUUCAGGCCAAAAACAGAGAACUACUCAAACAGGUCGCAGCAUUGUCAAAGGGUAAAAAGUUUGACAAAAGUGGAAGCGUACUAACAUCCCCUUGAGAAAGUAGUUUUUCAUGUAGUGUUUCUGCUGAAGAUGUAUAUUUGAAAAACAUUCUGUGAAGCCCUUAAAUUCUGUGUAGUGGAGAAAUAUUUUUGCACACCAAAUGAGUUGGCGUGUUUCCUAUUCACUUUUGUAACUGAUAUACAGCAUUUUUUAAGUUGUAAAACGUUCAAAUAAAACUUCAACUGGCUUGAA